AUGUUUACCGCAAAAGGGAAGAUCAUCCUGCCUCUGCUAACGAACCACCGCCUAUCCCAUAACAUCAUUAAAUCCCCGGUUGUGCGGAUUUCACACACAUUGUCGGAAACUUCGGAGCUGGUGGUGCCUCGGCGCUGCGCGGAGAGAAACGUCCCGCUGGUGCUAACGGGCUAACGUUCAUGUCGGGCGGACUUCCUCUGAGCUCCGGUAUUUCUACGACGAGCUGGCGGGUCUUUAUCCCAUCCUGCCUAACAUCCUGCUCAGGGGCUUCACACACUCAGUCCUCGUAGCUCUGUCCGUCUGCACAGCAGCUGCAUCAGACCGGCCUGAAGCCUUUCAUCAGAAGCCACAAGCAGCCAACGCCAAUGAUAAGCACAGCACAGGCGUCUUAAAGCCACAAAUUCUGGAGAGUCGGUGUGCUGCCUUCCAGCAUCGAGCCAACAAGUAUUCUGUAGGAGGUGAAGAUCCUCGACACGGAGCCCCAAAGCUAGCGAUGCCCGGAUCCACGCCGGCCAGCAGCAAGGCUCGGGUGUACACCGAUGUCAACACACAGAAGAACAGAGAGUACUGGGACUAUGAUGCACAUGUGCCAAACUGGAGCAAUCAAGACAACUAUCAGUUGGUGCGUAAACUGGGUAGAGGGAAGUACAGUGAAGUAUUUGAGGCCAUAAAUGUGACCAACAAUGAGAAGGUGGUGGUGAAAAUCCUCAAGCCCGUCAAGAAGAAGAAGAUCAAAAGGGAAAUCAAAAUUCUUGAAAACCUGCGCGGUGGAACCAACAUCAUCCGCCUGGUGGACACUGUCAAAGACCCGGUGUCCAGAACACCAGCGCUUGUCUUUGAGUGCAUCAAUAACACAGAUUUUAAGGAGCUUUACCAGAAGCUGACAGACUAUGAUAUCCGUUACUACAUGUAUGAGCUGCUCAAGGCUCUGGACUACUGUCACAGUAUGGGGAUCAUGCACAGGGACGUGAAGCCCCACAAUGUGAUGAUCGACCACCAGCUGAGAAAGCUGCGUCUCAUAGAUUGGGGAUUGGCAGAAUUUUACCAUCCCGCUCAGGAAUACAACGUCAGGGUGGCCUCCCGCUAUUUCAAAGGCCCUGAGCUGCUAGUGGACUAUCAGAUGUAUGACUAUAGUUUGGACAUGUGGAGUCUAGGCUGCAUGUUGGCCAGCAUGAUCUUUCUGAAGGAACCAUUUUUCCAUGGCCAGGACAACUACGAUCAGCUGGUCCGCAUUGCUAAGGUUCUCGGCACAGACGAGCUCUUUGGCUAUCUGCACAAAUAUCACAUAGAACUGGACACUCGCUUCAAAGACCUGCUGGGACAGCAAACACGGAAGCGCUGGGAGCAGUUCAUCCAGUCAGAGAACCAGCACCUGGUGAGUCCAGAGGCUCUGGACCUGCUGGACAAGCUUCUGCGCUACGACCACCAGCAGAGGCUGACGGCAGCCGAGGCCAUGCAGCACCCAUACUUCUAUCCUGUAGUGAAGGAACAAGCAAAUGCCAACACCGACGGCACAAAGGCAAUAAGCAGCUCCAAUGCAACAUGAUAACCAGAGAGCAGGAAGAAUCUUUGUUACCUCAACUUGUGACCUUUUCGUGGCAGAAACCUCUGCCUCCACAUCAACAGCCAUACUGGAGUAAGAUGUCAAUUUUGCAGCAUACACAAAACACGCACGGAUUAAACUUCUCCAAAAUCAAAGCCCAGGGCAUCUGCGCUGCUUGGUGCAAGUCACAAAUAAGUGAGAUCUGAAAUCAGAUCUGACCCCAGCCUCCUACUCCUACUCCUUCUCCUCCUCCUGCAGCCUCUCAACAUCACCCUCAACCCGUUUUUAAAAUGAGCAAAGUGACUGUUGUCAGAUCGGUGUCAAGCUGGUGUUGUUGCUGUAAAGACAUUUGUCCGUCAUUGCGACGCUGUGGUGACCUGAGAUCCAGUUCCAGGUUUUAGCACUGAGUGGCAUGGAGGCUCUUUUCUGCUAUGGAUAGAACAAAAGCUAUAUUGAAAGAGAAUAAACCGUUUUUAUUUAAACGCGUGUGUUGGACUUUUCUUGCCUCAGGAGCAAUUGGAAGAAAUGAAAUUCCGCCCUUUCUGUUAUUAACAUACAGACCUUGUGUGACAGCAUGACCGAUCAAUAGUAAAUACCAUUUCUUUAUCUUUAUAAAGCUUAUUAGAUUCAUAUAUAGAUUUUAAAUCUGGGGGAAAACAUACUGAGAUUGGAUAUCCUGAGUUACAGUUGACCCACAGAUUGAGACCCUUUUUCGGUGGUUUUAUAAAUACAGUUAGUAUUUGUUUUUGGGGGUUUUUUGCCCAGUCAGACUCUUGUUGGCAUGGUCAUUCUUACUUGUUUUGUGUGACAGUCUCCUCAUAGGCUCUGGUCCGGGGGCCCUCUCACCUUUUGGGCCCCUGGGCCUCGGAGGGCUGCUCAGUAAUCCAUCCUGAUGGAUGACAUUUGGAUGACAGCAAUUGCUGCAACUUGAGACCCAUUUUAAUCCUAUUUUUGUCAACAUUGUCAGCGUUGAAUUUAUACCAAAUGAACUAUUUGCAGUUUGCCUUUGCAAUGUACCCGUGGAUGUACAGACAAUUAUCUGUUACUCUGAUACUGAAGAACUGAAGAAUGUGAUGAUUCUCAAGUUAAAUUCUGCAGGUAAACAAACUGUUUGCCAGGUGAUCAGUGCUUGUUUUGGUGCAUCGUGAAACAAACCAGAGAGCUCGAUGAGUGU